CAUCACCACCACCUACGCUCUCGCCGCGUCCGCCCCCCAUGCAGGCCAUACGACUAGCGAAGAAGUACCCCGAAGUCUCCCAGGAUGAGAUGUUCGAUCUCAUAAACCGAUUCAACCAAAUCAACACCAACACGCCAGGACAGGUCGACAAGGCCGACGUCCUCCAGGUGCUCCAGAAACAGGGCGAGAGCUACGAUCAGGCGCGCGAGACGCUCAAGCACGUCAGCGUCGACGCCAGCGGGAAGGUCGAGCUCGAGGACUGGGUGGAGCUCAACGUCAAACUACGCUCGGCCAAGUCGUCUGGGCUGCAGACCAAGGCUGGCAAGGUGACGGUGCAAGGAUCGAACGCGAACGUCAGCCAUACGAUCAACGAGGAUGAGCGGAGAGAGUUUACGAAUCACAUUAACGGGGUCCUCGAAGCCGACCGCGACGUCGGCUCGCGCGUGCCCAUCCCGACUGACACAAUGCAGCUCUUCGACGAGUGCCGCGACGGCCUGAUCCUGUGCAAGCUGAUCAACGACUCCGUCCCGGACACGAUCGACACGCGCGUGCUCAACCUCCCCUCGGGCAAGAAGCCGCUCAACAACUUCCAGAUGACGGAGAACAACAACAUCGUCAUCACGUCCGCCAAGGCCAUCGGCUGCUCCGUCGUCAACAUCGGCUCGUCCGACAUCGCCGAGGGCCGCGAGCACCUCAUUCUCGGUCUCAUCUGGCAGAUCAUCCGCAAGGGCCUGCUCGCACAGGUCGAUAUCAAGCUGCACCCCGAGCUGUACAGGCUGUGCGAGGAGGGCGAGACGAUCGACGAUCUGCUGAGGCUGACGCCGGACCAGAUCCUGCUCAGGUGGUUCAACUACCAUCUCAAGGCCGCGGGCUGGAACAGGAGAGUCAACAACUUCAGCCGCGACGUCUCCGACGCGGAGAACUACACCGUGCUCCUGAACCAGCUCAAGCCGGACGUGUGCUCGCGCGCGCCGCUGCAGACGCGCGACGUGCGGCAGCGCGCGGAGCAGGUGCUCGACAACGCGGCGGCGAUCGGGUGCCGCAAGUACCUCACGCCGUCGUCGCUCGUGGCGGGCAACCCGCGGCUGAACCUCGCGUUCGUCGCGAACCUGUUCAACACGUGGCCCGGGCUCGAGCCGCUCGACGAGCAGGAGGCGAAGGACUACGGGGCGGUGGAGGACUUUGACGCGGAGGGCGAGCGCGAGGCACGCGUGUUCACGCUCUGGCUGAAUUCGCUCGGUGUCGAGCCGGCGGUGUUUAAUCUGUUUGAGAAUCUGAAAGACGGGCUUGUUAUUCUGCAGGCGUUUGACCGUGUGUUGCCAGGGUCGGUUGUCUGGCGGCGCGUGUCGAAGCCGAAGGGGGGCGCGGGGGCGGGGGCGGCGCCGGUGUCGAUGAUGGACGAGGGCGUGGACGAGGGGGAUAUCGGGGUGACGCCGAACCAGAGCACGUUGUCAAGGUUUAAGCAGGUCGAGAACACGAAUUAUGCGGUGGACCUGGGGAAGCAGAACGGGAUGCAUCUCGUGGGCAUUCAGGGCGCGGACAUUGUCGACGGGUCGAGGACGCUCGUGCUGGGGCUAGUGUGGCAGCUCAUGCGACUCAACAUCACGAAAACGCUCACCGCGCUCUCGGGCCAAGGCCGGCCCAUCAGCGACCAGGAGAUGCUCAAGUGGGCGAACGCGCAGGCGGCCAAGGGCACACUCGGCUCGCGGCCCGUGCGCUCGUUCAAGGACCCGGCGAUCGGCACGGGCGUGUUCUUCCUGGACGUGCUCGAGGGUCUGCGUCCGGGCGUCGUCGAUCCGACGCUGGUGCUGGAUGUGGCGCAGAAUGGGGACUAUGAGGAUAAGCGGCAGAAUGCUAAACUUGCGAUUUCGAUCGCGAGGAAGCUGAAUGCGCUUAUUUUCCUUGUGCCCGAGGAUAUCGUUGAUAUCCGACCGCGUCUGAUCUUGACUUUCGUUGGCAGUUUGAUGAGCAUCCAGUAGCUGUUUUUGUGUUUAUGCGCUGCUUUUUGUAUCUGGACUUGAAGAGGUGAAUUUGUGUUAGCUAGAGAAUGUAUUCAUUGUGCAAUCACUGUGUCCCGC